CUUGUUUUUGAAUCCAAUCGUUUCUCGAGCACAAAUCGUGAACAUAUCGGUUUGAACCAGGCAUGGAAUCUUAAAUGUCUCACCUCGGAGCGCCUUCUCGUAGGUUCUACCUCCCUCACGAUGGUAGUCGAGGUAGAGAGCUUCUACGGCGUCUACAUGUUGUACUGUCUGAACCCCAAAUUUAAAGGUCGGAUCUACAUCGGCUUCACUGUGAACCCCGAACGCAGGAUCGGACAGCACAACGCCGGGCGCCAUCGAGGGGGAGCCAAGAGGACCAGCGGAAGAGGACCGUGGGAGAUGGUGCUCAUCGUCCACGGAUUUCCAUCUGACAUCGCUGCCCUCAGGUUUGAGUGGGCGUGGCAGCACCCUCACUCCUCCAGACGCCUCUCCCACGUCUCUCGCCGCUCCAGAAAGGAGUCCAGCCUGGAGUUCCACUGGCGUGUGGUCUCCAACAUGCUGCGGGUGGCUCCGUGGAACCGGUUGCCUCUGACCGCUCGCUGGCUGAAGCAGGAAUACAGGAUGGACUUUGAGCCCAGCCUGCAGCCUCCUUUGCACAUCCCCAUCGCUUUUGGAAGUGUGAGGGCUAAAAAAAAGUCCACACCAGCAGACGAUGAGGAAGAACGCAUGUCCACAUGCUUCCUCUGCAGACGGCUCGUGAAGGUUUCAGAGAGGCUGAGCUGUUUCCACCCGUCCUGUGAGAUGAGCAGCCAUUUGAUCUGCCUGGCCAAGCUCUUCCUGAAGAUGGAGCCGUCUCACCUUCUACCUGUGGAGGGCGAGUGCCCAGCCUGUCGCUGCUCACUGCUGUGGGGGAGUCUGAUCCGCCAUAAGCACGGCUGUUUUGGAGACCUGGAAGAGUCCUCUCCUUCUGCGUCGCAAAGCCACUGGGCCAAUGAACUGGAAAUAUGAAGGACAGAACCUAGCCACACCAUGAUGUAUAAAUGAGUAUUUAAUGUACACAUGGAACUCAACAUAUGUCUAUUGCCAUGGUUCCCACGAUGAUUUAUAUUUUAUUUAUUAUUAUUUUAAAACGUUUUUAUACUUGAAAAUGAAUUUUUAGCAAACAAAUAAAGGUAUUUUUGUAAUGUAUCGCGUACAUUAUCCAAUAAUGUUGUGGUGAUAAAUGACAAGUUAACUAGGACUGUGAAAGUGAAACAUGACUGAGACAAUAUGUAUUUGGUGCCUUCAUAAGUGGUUUCUCUCAUCAGGAAUACAGGUAGCUGCAUUAGAUAUUCCUGAAGUGCCUUUGUGGGUAAAAUACUCUAGGAAUAAAAUGUAAACUUGUUAAUGAAUAUGUAAGAAUAAA